AUGUUCAAGUCAGAGCCCGAGCCCGGCAUGGAGUCGCAGAGCCCCAGCACCCAGCACUCGCAGUCGCAGUCGCAGUUCAAUCCCGCCGAGGCGUCGCGCUCAGACGUCGACGAGAUACUGCGCCGCAAGAGAAAGGCCCGCGAGUACAAGGCCUGCUACCCGUGCCGCCAGCGCAAGGUCAAGUGCGACCAGGCCGUUCCGUGCAAGACGUGCAUCGCAAGAGAGCAUCCCGAGCUUUGCACCUACCACCCGCCUGCUGAGUCGCAUCCACCCGCGAAGCGCAUGAACCAUGGCAGCCAGCCGCCCGAAGCGUCCAACGGCCUCGGCUCCGGCAUCCAGUACAACGGCAAUGGGACAGUCACCAUCGGCCGCGAGGACUGGGAGCGCCUGUGCUCCAAGCUCAACACCGUCGAGCGCUCCCUAAUCGACCUCAAGAGCACCAUCAAGCAAGCUUCCGAGAUCUCGCCUGAGCCGCUGCAGAAUGGCCACCAUCACCACCACCACGUCAUCCCCGACUCCGCCGUGAGCACGCCCUCAAAGCAGCCUGAUGGCCAACUCACCGCCCAGGGCAUUCACACCACCAACAGCAUCACCGGCCAGACGGUCCAUCUGGGCAGCAGCUCUGUGCCUGCGUUGGUCAUGUCCCUGGGCAAGGGCGAGGGCAGCAGCGCUCCCGUCCAGGAAUUGCUCGGCAAGAACGUCCUCCCGCUCUUUGGUUUGGACAACGAAUCCGCCACGUACCCGUUCGUUGAUCUCUGGGGCUUGCCACAUGGUUCGAUGAACCGGAUCUACGAGCUCUGCAACGCCCUCCCGAAUGACUCGGACUGCUGGAACCUGCUCAAGUACCACAAGGAGACGGCCCACACCGUGUUCCCGGCCAUCGCGGACAUCGAGAAGCUCGAGUCCGAGUUGCUUCGAUUUCUCAUCGCUCGUGGGGGCUCGCAGACAAGCGAAGAUGGUAGCAUCAGUGGGGUCACGGAGCAGACUAUUUUCGGAAAAGAUCUCCAUUGGGUUGGCUUGCUCUUCGCCGUCCUGGCCUCGGGCUGCCAGUGUUCAGCUCUACCGCGCAAGGAGCGCGAACUGACUUCACAGGUCUACAUCUGCUGCAGCUUCGAGUGUCUCCGGAUCACCAACUUUCUGUCUCAUUCGAACCUGGAGACGAUCCAGACGCUUCUGAUUCUCGGCAAUGUCAUGUCGAACAACAUGAAUGCUGGCGUCGCCUGGUCGCUCCUCGGCCUGACCAUUCGGCUGGCGCAGAGCCAAGGAUUGCACCGGACCUGCCCAUCGAAUGCAACGGAGGAGAUGAGGCUCACACGAAAGAAGAUAUGGUGGUCCGUAUUGUGGCAGGACAGCUUACUCUCUAUCACGUUUGACCGGGCAUCUUCGAUGGGCACCAGUGAGCCUGUUCCGUUAAGCCCCGAGUCUAGCCCAGGGAACCGACCGUACAUGGAGUGCAUGUAUCGCCUCUGCAAGGUCGGACUCGACAUUGUCAGCGAGCGAGCUCUGAGUCAUACCCAACAGGAGACAUUAGCAAGGAUAGCACAACGACGACAAGAGAUUCAGGAAAUCAUGUUCGAUGCGGCCGACUAUCUCCGCGACUCCCGCAAGUGCCGAUCGAUGCGGAACCAGCUCGAGCAUUGGGCGCUGUACUUGCACAUGUCCUACAUUACGUCUGAACUGUGCCGGCCAGCAUUAAGUCCUUCAGUGACUGAGCACGAUUUGGCCCGGCCUUUGAGAAAAGCAUGCAUCGACAGCCUGGCCAACACGGUCGAGGCUUUUCUAGGCCUGCAGAACAUGACGGUCUUUGCAAGCCGUUCGUGGGCUGCCGUGCACCGUUCCUUGAGCUGCGCCCUUCUCCUGGGCAUACUCAAGGAGCCGGAGCGCAACGAGCGCGCCCGCAUGCUUCUGGAGAAGUUGAUCUCCGUCCUCACUGACAUAACGUCCAAGGUCGACCCAACCGAACUGUCCACUCCCGUGACCCGCUCGAUGAUUGCGCUCAGGAAGCUGCUGAACCUGCAGGACGCGAGGAUGCAGCAGCAGGUGGCCAACAGUUCGUCGUCGCAGAGCAUAAUCCCCAACACGGCAACAGCGUCAAGCACACCGAACAUGACGGGCUAUAGCAUUGACGACAUCAACGGCGCAUUGAUCGGCGAUGACGCGAUGUUCGGGGUGGGUCAAAGCCCGUUGAUGGCGGACUUGGACAGCGAGGCGAGCCCUUACGCGCUGAUGGACAGCAUCAUCUGGGGCGUCAAGAAGUCACCGCCUGGAUGA